CCAAUGCUGUGCCGAUAGUCGGCACCCUACACUCCCUCACUGCUACGACGGUGUGCCCGUAAACAUGCUUCCCUGGUGUAGAGACAUGGGCCUCAUCGACAUAUCCAACGCAUGCGUACAGUCGUUCUGGAGCGCCAUUUUACCCGCGCUGCUCACCGUCACCUUUGUCUUGGUCUCGGCCGCCCCUUCAAUACGUAUCUUUCUCACCAGGGUUCGUGAUGGUAUCAAGCCUCCGCUCCAAUCGUAUGUGGUACUGGGCGAGGACGAGAUAACAGAGACGUCUCUUGACACCCGAGAGGACGCCACAACAGAUAACAUUCACUCCACUCCUUUCAUGUACCAAUGGCGACUCGCACUCCUCGCGUUCAUUGCACUCCUUGAGGUCUUUGCUUGGACAGCUUUCGGAAUAUACCACUUGGUCAGGGACGAUGGCGAUUCCAAAAUUGCAAUCUUUUCCAUCGUGAUCGGCACUACUUGGCUUUAUAACGUUUUGAAGCCCGUACUUUGCCCAAGACCUACGGCAUAUAUCGAUAUGUUCAUCCUCUAUACAUUCCAUCUUAUUUUCGGUGUCAUUCGCAUCGGGGCCUCCAUAUAUUACCUUCAGACCACUUCUGUCGCAAUUCUGGAGUGGAUCGGAAUGUCUCUCAAUCUCGUUGCGAUUAUCGCCGGCUUGGGCAUAAUUUCGACGAUGCCUUUGAAAAUUCCAUCCGAUGAUCUCCAGAAAGAAAUUUAUGACAAGCGCUCUCCCGAGGAUUAUGCCAGUAUCUUUGAAUGGGCCACUUACAGCUGGGUAUACCCCCUCAUCAAGCGCGGAAACACUAUGGAGAUGAAGUACGAAGACGUUUGGGACCUAACCCCGGCUAUGCAUUCCGGACCCAUCUUCGCCAAAUUCAGCUCUAUCGAACGACCGAAUCUUUUACUUCGUUUGAUCGCUGCAAACCGCAGUGACCUCAUUCUCGACAUCCUCCUCACUGUAGUUACCGUCUCGUUGAGCUAUGCCGCACCAUAUUUUCUCCGCCGGAUUUUGGAUCUGAUCGAGAAUCCUACUCCGGAACGUCGUUCAGAGGCAUAUGUUUUGGCGUUACUUGCUUUCGUUUGUGCUGCAUUGAAGGGGGAAGCCGAUGCCCAACAUCUCUUUUUCGGCAGACGUGCUUCAGCUCGUGUUAGCGCACAGCUCGUGAAUGCGAUCUAUGACAAGGCUCUCAAACGAAGGGAUUAUUCUGGUGUCGUAAAGGAGAAGGAGACUGAGCCUACCAAGGACGUGCCUAAAUCCAAUGAUCCCAAACCUGGCGCCGAUAUUGGGAAAGUCGUCAAUCUAAACGCCUACCUUCUCUAUGGAGGUCCUUUCGAGAUUAUCCUGGCGUGCGCUAUGUUGUACAGCCUCAUGGGUUCUGCAGCAUUUGCUGGCUUUGCUGUGAUUGUGGUUGCUUGGAUACUGCAUAUUUACGUGACACAGUUGAAGAUUCCUCUCCAAAAAGGUCUUUCAACGUCGCGUGAUCGGCGCAUGUCUAUUCUCCACGAACUUGUAAAUGCUGUCAGGUUCAUCAAGUUCUUCACGUGGGAAGAUAGCUGGAUCAUGCGAGUCAUGGAUGCACGUGACAAGGAAAUGGAUUGGUUGAAGCGAUCUAGGAUGAAUUCUAUCGAAUCCGCAACACUCUGGGCGGCCGCUCCUGUAUUGGUGUCCUUCUUCUCUUUCUUUGCUUACGUCUACCAGGGCAACAAGUUAACCCCUUCUAUCGCGUUUACGGCAAGUUCGGAUCUGCGUAUACAACCUCUGAACGUCUUCCCAAACUUUAUCAUGCAAAUAUUCGAGGCUCGUGUCUCUCUCGAGCGUGUUGAAGCAUUCCUCAAUGAAGAAGAAAUAUCCGAUUAUGCCUCUUCUCCCGUCGCGCUGUCUCCUGACCCUGAAAUAUACGAUGGUGCCCUUGCUAUCCAGGGAGGUCGCUUCAAGUGGAACAAGGUCGGAGAUAAAAAGGCGAAUCCACCCCAAGAACGAAGUGGCGAGUUGACCACGCAACCGGUUGUGCAAACCGAGCCGGCCGGUCCGCCGGUUGAUGCUGGGGAAAUUGCACUGCGGGAUGGGAAUUAUUUCGAAUUGCGUGGUAUUAGUGUGCGUUUUCCGGAGGGUGAGCUAUCGCUUGUCACGGGUCCGACGGGAUGUGGCAAGACUGCGCUGCUGCUGGCGUUGUUGGGAGAAAUGACAAUCGUCGAAGGAAAACUCGUACGGCCGAAACAUACGUCCGGGACGGAGCACCUUGAUUCGGGGGCAAUUUCGUAUGCUGCUCAGACUCCGUGGCUGCAGCGCGGAACGGUCAGGCAGAAUAUCUUAUUUGGAUACCCAUAUGACGAACAGAGGUACGAGAAUGUGAUUGAGAGCUGUGCUUUGCUUCCCGAUUUUGAGAGUUGGGAGGAAGGUGAUCACACCGAAGUCGGUGAUAGAGGUUCAAACCUAUCGGGAGGACAGAAGGCUCGAGUUGGUGUUGCUCGCGCUGUUUAUGCUCAGACUCAAUACUUUUUCCCUUUUCCACAUGCCUACUAUCUCCUACAGGACAUCAAGACGUCGCGCUUCUUGUACGACCAAUUGAUCUGUGGCCCACUGUUGGCGGGCCGUACCGUUAUCCUUGUUACCCACCACGUGGAACUUGUUCUACCUAGUGUUGCUUAUAUAGUCCACAUGCAAGAUGGUCGCAUUGCUACCCAAGGUUAUGUGAAGGAUCUUCAAGCUUCCGGUCGUCUGCCUCCCUUGCAAGAGGACUUGCCCGAAGAGGAAUCUCCAAAACCCCCACGAAAGCGUAAACAACGUGCCAAGAAACCAGUACCAGACGAGGUUAGCGGGGCCGUCACGCUCUCGACUUAUAAAACGUAUCUCCAAGCAUCGUACGAAUGGGGACGUGCCUACGGUAAUGCUCAGAUGGACACCUCCAUGCUUCAUAGACCGAGCAAGAACGCUUCCUUCGAGCCCAACUACCAGCAGAACCUAGUAUUUCUUCCCGAUGCGGGUGUACACCCACUCUUUUUCGUCAAGGUUUAUGCCAUAGUUGGUUUCUUUAUGGCUUUGUUCAACAUCGCAUCGACUACGACACUGUAUUUCUCUGGUCUGAGAGCAUCACGCUCACUGUUCCACCGCCUACUGGAAAAGGUGAUGCACGCUACCCUGCCUUGGCACGAUGCUACACCAAGAGGCCGGAUUCUAAAUCGCUUCAGCAAGGACAUGGAUGCGAUUGAUAUCAGCCUCUCGAAUAACGUAUCUACCAUCAGUAAUGCCUUGGUGAACUUUCUUGUGGCUGUCAUCACUGUCAUCAUAUUCUUCCCGGAGUUCAUCGUUCCUGCGCUGGCCAUUGCCUUCUGCUAUCAUUUCGUUGCGAUUCGUUACCUGGGUAUCAACCGACAAUUGCGCCGCAUGGAAUCCACUUCCCGGUCUCCUAUCUUCUCUGGCUUUGGAGAACUUCUGGACGGUAUUGUGACCAUACGGGCGUUCCAAUCUGAGUCUCGUUUCAUGAAGGAAUUUCACGGGAAAGUAGACAUCGCCAACAAGAUGUACUACAAUUCCUGGAUGACUAGCAGGUGGCUACUCUUUAACUAUGAUGUUCUUGGGGCCUUCGCGGUGUUAGCGACUACGCUAUUUGCCCUAUCUGGUUACGUCGGCGCAGGCACAGCUGGUCUCUCUAUAACUAGCGCGAUGACUUUCACGUUCAGUGUGUAUCUGGUCUGCCGAUUCUGGGCUUCUCUCGAGCUCGAAUUGAAUGCCGUGGAGCGGGUCGCGGAAUACUUGAAUAUCCCCCAAGAUUUUCCAACUGUCAUCGAAUCCAACAGACCCCCAGCAUAUUGGCCAUCUACCUCAACUACCCCAUUCCUGUCUGUAGAAGACAUCAGCGUUAGAUACGCUCCGGGCCUGCCACGUGUCCUUUCUAAGGUUUCGUUCACUUUGGAUGCACCUGCACGGAUUGGUGUUGUCGGGAGAACGGGAAGCGGAAAGUCCACCCUGAUUAUCAGCUUACUGCGAUUCGUCGACCCUGAACUUGGUCGCAUUGUGAUAGACGGAAUUGAUAUUGCAAAGAUUGGAGUUCGUGAUUUGAGGUCACGCAUAACUUACAUCCCUGAGGUAUUGCCACUUGAUGAGCAUGAGGACGUUGAUUGUUAUGACGCCCUUCGCCGCGUUCAGUUGUUGGGCGACGACAGCCAACCACGAAGCAGUGCUAGUGGGCCAUCCCAAGCAGGGGCCGAUACCAGUCCAGGGCCUCUACUUACCUUGGAUACCGAAGUUGCCCCUGGGGGAGCUAACUUCUCGCUGGGCCAACGGCAACUAGUCGCCAUGGCUCGUGCUUUGUUGAAACGGACUCCCAUCGUUGUCCUUGACGAGGCGACGAGUAGUGUCGACUUCGAAACCGAUGAAAAAAUACAAGCAACUCUCCGGGAGCAGUUUAAUAACUCUUUGCUUAUAACUGUCGCGCACAGGCUGAAUAACAUAAUUGACUAUGAUCGCUUAAUCGUCCUCCAAGACGGGAAGGUCGUUGAGUUCGAUACCCCAUUGAAGUUGUUUUACAAGGAAGGUGGCGUCUUUCGUGAUAUAUGUCGUAGCAGUGAGUCGUACGAGGAGCUGGAGGCUACCGUGGCGAAAGUUCGUGAUGAUUUGCAAGCAGCGUCCACGUAGCUGCAGUGUACCGUAUCUUCAUUCCGUGUAUUUAUUUCGAGCGAUUGCCUGAUUUUGAAGAUGAAUGAUAUUCCAUUGUUCAGGUCACAAAUUGACGAG